GCGGAGGUGGCGGCUACGCGCGCGCGGGUGCGCGGGCGCGAACGGGAAAAGCCGCGAGGGUCGGGGCUGUGGAGACGACGGACGGCGACGAUGGCCGCGACGGCGGGAGGCGGGCCGGGAGCGGCCGCGGGCUCGGCGGGCGCAGGGGGCGCGGCGGCGGCGGCGGCGGCCGCGGCGGCGGCGGCGGCGGGGCUGGCCAUUUACCGGCGGAAGGACGGGGGUCCGGCUAGCAAGUUUUGGGAGAGCCCGGACACGGUGUCCCAGCUGGACUCGGUGCGGGUCUGGCUGGGCAAGCACUACAAGAAGUAUGUUCAUGCAGAUGCUCCUACCAAUAAAACACUGGCUGGAUUGGUAGUACAGCUUCUCCAGUUCCAGGAAGAUGCCUUUGGAAAGCAUGUCACCAACCCGGCCUUCACCAAACUCCCUGCAAAAUGUUUCAUGGAUUUUAAAGCUGGAGGUACCUUGUGUCACAUUCUUGGGGCUGCUUACAAAUACAAAAAUGAACAGGGAUGGAGGAGAUUUGAUCUACAAAAUCCAUCUCGAAUGGAUCGCAAUGUUGAAAUGUUUAUGAAUAUUGAAAAAACAUUGGUGCAGAACAAUUGUCUGGCUAGACCCAACAUCUACCUCAUUCCAGACAUUGAUCUGAAGCUGGCUAACAAAUUGAAAGAUAUCAUCAAACGACACCAGGGAACAUUUACUGAUGAGAAGUCAAAAGCUUCCCACCACAUUUAUCCAUAUCCUUCCUCACAAGAGGAUGAAGAAUGGUUGAGACCAGUGAUGAGAAAAGAUAAGCAGGUAUUAGUGCACUGGGGUUUUUACCCAGACAGCUAUGAUACUUGGGUCCAUAGUAGUGAUGUUGAUGCUGAAAUUGAAGAGCCACCAAUUCCAGAAAAACCCUGGAAGGUUCAUGUAAAAUGGAUUUUGGAUACUGAUAUUUUCAAUGAAUGGAUGAAUGAGGAGGAUUAUGAAGUAGAUGAAAACAGGAAACCAGUGAGCUUUCGUCAGCGGAUUUCAACAAAAAAUGAAGAGCCAGUCAGAAGUCCAGAAAGGAGAGAUAGAAAAGCAUCAGCUAAUGCAAGAAAGAGGAAACAUUCCCCUUCACCACCACCUCCCACACCUGCAGAAUCACGAAAGAAGAGUGGAAAGAAAGGGCAAGCUAAUCUUUACGGGAAGCGCAGAAGUCAAAAAGAGGAAGAUGAGCAAGAAGAUCUUACCAAGGACAUGGAGGAUCCAACUCCCGUACCUAAUAUAGAGGAAGUGGUACUCCCCAAAAAUGUAAACCCAAAGAAAGAUAGUGAAAAUACACCCGUUAAAGGAGGAACUGUAGCAGAUCUAGAUGAGCAGGAUGAAGAAGCAAUUACGACAGGAGGAAAGGAAGAUGAAGAUCCUAGCAAAGGUGAUCAGAGCCGGUCAGUUGACUCUGGUGAAGAUAAUGUAACAGAACAGACCAAUCACAUUAUCAUUCCCAGCUAUGCAUCCUGGUUUGAUUAUAACUGUAUUCAUGUGAUUGAACGGCGUGCACUUCCUGAGUUUUUCAAUGGAAAAAACAAAUCAAAGACUCCAGAAAUAUACUUAGCAUAUCGAAACUUUAUGAUUGACACAUACCGUCUAAACCCUCAAGAGUAUUUAACCAGCACUGCUUGUCGAAGGAACUUAACUGGAGAUGUAUGUGCUGUGAUGAGGGUGCAUGCGUUUUUAGAGCAAUGGGGACUUGUUAAUUAUCAAGUUGAUCCAGAAAGUCGACCUAUGGCAAUGGGACCCCCUCCUACUCCUCAUUUCAAUGUAUUGGCUGAUACCCCCUCUGGGCUUGUGCCUCUGCAUCUUCGAUCACCACAGGUUCCUGCUGCUCAGCAGAUGUUAAAUUUUCCUGAGAAGAACAAAGAAAAACCAAUUGACUUGCAGAACUUUGGUCUUCGUACUGACAUUUACUCCAAGAAAACAUUAGCUAAAAGCAAAGGCGCUAGUGCUGGAAGGGAGUGGACGGAACAGGAGACCCUUCUGCUCUUAGAGGCUCUGGAAAUGUACAAGGAUGAUUGGAAUAAAGUAUCCGAACAUGUGGGAAGUCGGACUCAGGAUGAAUGCAUCCUUCACUUUUUGAGGCUUCCCAUUGAAGACCCAUACCUGGAGAAUUCAGAUGCUUCCCUUGGCCCGCUGGCCUAUCAGCCUGUCCCCUUCAGCCAGUCUGGAAACCCUGUCAUGAGUACUGUUGCUUUUCUGGCAUCUGUGGUGGACCCUCGCGUGGCUUCUGCUGCAGCAAAAGCAGCACUAGAGGAGUUUUCUCGGGUGCGAGAAGAGGUACCACUGGAAUUGGUUGAAGCUCAUGUCAAGAAAGUACAGGAAGCUGCUCGUGCCUCUGGGAAGGUGGAUCCCACCUAUGGCUUGGAGAGCAGCUGUAUUGCAGGCACAGGGCCUGAUGAGCCAGAGAAGCUCGAAGGAUCUGAAGAGGAAAAAAUGGAAACAGAUGCUGAUGGUCAACAGCCUGAGAAGGCAGAAAAUAAAGUGGAAAAUGAAACAGAUGAAGGUGAAAAAACCCAGGAUGGAGAAAAUGAAAAAAGUAGUGAGAAGGAACAGGAUAGCGAAGUUAGUGAGGACAUUAAAUCAGAAGAAAAGGAGACUGAAGAGAACAAGGAACUCUCUGAUACAUGUAAAGAAAGAGAAAAUGAUACCGGAAAGAAGAAAGUAGAACAUGAAAUUUCUGAAGGAAAUGUUGCCACAGCCGCAGCAGCUGCUCUUGCUUCAGCUGCCACCAAAGCCAAGCACCUGGCUGCUGUGGAGGAGAGAAAGAUCAAGUCCCUGGUAGCUCUCCUGGUUGAAACACAAAUGAAAAAACUAGAAAUCAAACUUCGACAUUUUGAAGAGCUGGAAACUAUCAUGGACAGAGAGAAAGAAGCUCUGGAACAACAGAGGCAGCAAUUGCUUACUGAGCGCCAGAACUUCCACAUGGAACAGCUGAAAUACGCGGAGUUAAGAGCCCGACAGCAAAUGGAGCAGCAGCAGCAGCAUAGCCAAAACCCUCAGCAGCCACACCAGCACUCAGGAGGACCUGGCCUUGCCCCUCUUGGAGCAACAGGACACCCAGGCAUGAUGCCACAUCAGCAGCCCCCUCCCUACCCUCUGAUGCACCACCAGAUGCCACCACCUCAUCCCCCUCAGCCAGGUCAGAUACCAGGCCCAGGUUCUAUGAUGCCUGGGCAACCCAUGCCAGGCCGCAUGAUUCCCACUGUUGCAGCCAACAUCCACCCUGCUGGGACUGGCCCUGCCCCUCCUGGUAUGCCUCCAAUGCCUGGAAACAUCUUAGGACCCCGGGUACCCCUCACAGCACCGAAUGGCAUGUAUCCCCCUCCACCACAACAACAACCACCGCCACCUGCAGAUGGGGUCCCUCCACCUCCUGCUCCCGGUCCACCAGCCUCGGUCACUCCUUAGCCUGGAAGAUUCAGGGAGCCCACCACCAGCUGGAGUGGGGCUGACAAGACUUGGGUUUCUCAACUUCCUUGGGUUUCUUUCAGGAUUUUUCUUCUGGCAUCCCCAAGCACAUGUCCCACUCUUUUUUUUUUUGCCCCCCUCUUUGAGCCCUGAUGUGUCAGCUCCUCAGCUGACACUCAAGGCAAAGCCUGUGGCGACCAUGUGCUCUGGCUAUCCUAAAAUCACCUGCGUCUCCCCUGUUCUGGUGGGGCCCCGUGUCGGCAGUUUUACCUGCAGGUCUCCUGUCGAUGUUAGUAUUCUCUUGUCUUUUGUCACUUUUUCUCUCCCACAGUUUGUUGCUUUGUCUCUUAUGCUUCUAUAGAUAAUACUCUGUAAUUAUUUUUUUUUUCCCCUGUUAGGAUCCUUUGAAAGGAAAGCAUCCUAAGUUAACAGGAACCAAAAAUGGUGAUGGGCAGAAGGAGCUAGCCACAGGGGGCACACCUUAAAAGGCAUUAAAAGUGACCUUAUUUCUGCUUAUCUGAGCUAAGAAUGGUGCUGCUGGUGAAGUUUCCUGAGAUUUUUGCCACACAUAAAUGCACCAGAAUUUACGAGGGGGGGAGGGGAAGGAAGGACUGCCCCAUUGAUUUAUUCACACAUGAGGAAUGUGAACACCUCAUCCUGCCUGGCGGAACAUCCCGCUUUAACUAGUGUGUAGUAGAGGAGAGCCCAAGCGUUAGAACAUAUGGACUCGUCCAGGCCCACUGCUUCUGGUUUUCUAGGCAGAGAAUUUUCUGGACUGGAGGGAGGAGGGUGUUUGGCUUUUUGAGGGCAGUUUGAGCUUUGAAGGAUGGGAUUUGGGGUGGCAACACUUAGCUCCUAGACUAGCUAGGAAAGUUUCAGGAGUCUGGGACAAUGUCAUCCAUCCUCAUCUCCCAUGUUCCCCAUCAUCGUCCCCUUCCCCCCCCCUCCCGCCCCCAUGAAUCUAGCCUACUACAUUCACUGCUAUGUAUGUGUUGUUGGGGGUUUUUUCCUCUCAAAAAAAAAAAAAGGAAAAAAAAAGUAGAUAGUGAUAAUAACUUUUUGUAGCUCAUGGAAAUUGGUUAGAAUGGCUGGGGGUGGUACCCAAGUCCCUAAACUACCUCUUGCAGUAGCCAGGGUGAACGGAAUUUCUAGAAGCGGUACUUUCGGUUCCGGAUGGGAUUAGAAAAAGUGAGCAAGACUCUCACCCUCCCAUGGGUACUCCCUUCCCUCUCAGAUCUCAUAAUCCACUGUCACAGGGUUGUCACGGAGGUUCUAAGGGUACCAACAACCUCACUUGGAUGCAUCAUGCUUUAAGGUUUGGGGUGCUAGGGCUGAAAGAGUGGGGUGCCAUUCCAGAGGAAGAUCCACUCCACACACACACACACACAAAAAAAAAAAAGCCUUAAUUUGAGUCCCAGUCUUCCCCUGCUGAUGAGUGACUUUGAGAGUUUCUAGUUUUCUCUUCCUGUCCUUCCCUCCUGUCUGUCCUUCCACUAGUAGUUAAAGGGUAUUUGGGGCAAAGCUUGUUUCCAAAGGAUCUGGCUUCACUUCACAUUCUUAAGUGGCAGUUUUAUUAUUUAAAAUGCAAAGGUUUUAGGACAUCUUUUAGGUAUCUUUUUCUAAAUGUUUUCUAAAGCUUUACAUAUAAGACGGUAUAGGGAGGUGUUUUUGUAAACACCUUAGAGCUUCUUCCCUUAAUAUUAGGAU